UUUUUUUUCCGCUUUUUUUUUUUCCUGUGUUUUCGUUUUAUUUGUUCUUUUAGCCAUGACACGCAUUCAAACUCUGCUGCUGUGCUCGGUGGCAGCGCUGGUCGUCUUGAGCCUGUUUGCUCCAUCUGCCAAUGCCACCGAUGCGUGCUCGGCCUGCACCUGCACUGGCAACUCUUUGGACAGUUGCCCACCAACUCUGACCACCGUUCCAACCUUCCCGACCAACCUCGACUACAUCGACUUGACGGGCGCGCAAAUCGCAAACUUUCCCGCUGGUUCGUUUGCCGGUUUGGAUGCUCUACAGGAAUUGCACAUAGGAAAUGCAGCUCCUCUGACGUUGGCUCCUGGGGUCUUUGAAGGUCAAAGCGGGCUCAGUGGCCUGGUAUUGAGUGGCGUCUCUCAGCUCACGGCAGGCGUAUUUCGGGGAUUGGAAAAUUUGCGAAUGCUUAAAAUCUCGGGUACCAUCUCCACCAUUCCUGCCGGUGUACUGGCCGACGUGAACGCCACCGUCGACGGACUGUUCCUUCUGAACACUGGAGUGGCCAGCAUCUCCAACCUCCCGCUUGCCGAACUUCCAAAUUUGCGCAUGUUGUCGAUCACCAACGCCCCAAUGUCGACCAUUCCAAGCCAAGCGUUUUCCACGUUCAAUCUGACAAAGCUCGAAGAACUAUAUUUCACUGGCUCGAGUAUCAAGAGCGUCGAAUCGGAUGCAUUUGCUGGCCUGCUUCAAUUGCAAUGGCUAAGCCUUGAGAACUGCCCGAUCUCGCAAUUCGCAUCCAAAUCGUUCCUUGGAUUGGACAAUCUGUAUUCGCUAAACUUGAACAACUUGAAUGCCACAACGUUCCCUCCUGGCUUGUUCUACGGCCUUUUGAAUCUGGUUGAUUUCACAAUGACCCCACACAAGCUCGGCACCGGAGCAGCGCCUCCCAGCAUGUACAAGGUCGGACCCAACUUUUACCGUUGCGGCGCGUAUUGCUCUACUUGCGUUGGGGACGAGUACACAUGCUGCCCUGACAAUUGUUUGCGUUGCUCAGAAGAAAACAGCUGUACCGUCUGCAAUCCCGGAUUUACAGUGUACUCGUUGAUCGUGGGAGGCGACAUGCAUAUGGGAGAUUUCUGUCGGGUUCCCGCGUCCGUGUCCUCGUUGUCCGUCAUCGCCACUCGUGCUUCACGCGCAUCUACUGCUUCCGCGUCCAUCGCAACCAGUGCCUCUGCCGUUGCGGCCACUGUUGCGUCAGGCGCAUCCACUGCCUCGGCCACUGUCGCAUCGGCCGCAUCGGCCGCAUCUACUGCCUCGGCAUCGGGUGCAUCUACUGCAUCGGCCUCUGUCGCAUCGGGUGCAUCUACUGCCUCUGCUUCGCUGGCAUCAGUCGCCUCCGCCGCGGACGCGAGCACUGCUUCGUUCGUGGCGUCGACGUCCGCCGCGCAUGUAGUCUCUGUCAACGCCAUGCUCGAUGCUGCAAACAGCAGCAGUGGCAGUGGUUCGGUUUUGGCGAUCGCUGUCGGCGGCGCGAUUGGUGGCUUGGCCCUUCUCGUCCUGGUUGCCGUCUUUGCCAUUCGUCGCAAAGCGCCUCGAGAGGAUCCCCACUACAUUGCCCCAGAGGAAGUGACCUAUCUGAACGUGGAUGAAAAGGGUGGCAAUGACGCCGCCUUUCUGUCCAUGCCCCACAACUACGAAGCAAUGGACAAGCCCGACCCGAACUUUCACAAUCCCUUGUACGAGGCCAUUGAGGGAGGCCCUGUCACUGUUACCGAAUCCACUUAUACGAAUGUUGCGUCAGCAGCUGUGCCUGCUUCCAGCGAGCCCGUCUACGGUUCCGAGACGACCACGAUCUACGCCGACACAGCUCUUGCGGCGUCCAUCCACGCGGCUCCUGUUCAAAGCUCAACCACUGACUAUGCCACCAUUGUUGGAGCUGUGAAUGCGACUGCCUCCACCGCCUCCAGCGAAUGAGGCCAUUGGGGGGGCUUUGGAUGUUUUCGAGCCGCCCUGCGCGUUUUCAAGUUUACGAGUUUCAUUUGUGUUCCCAGAGU